AUGGCUUCGUACAAUAAAAGCGUUGUAGACGGAAAAAUAGCGAUGUGGAAAAAAAAAGAAGAUGAACACAGAGAAAAACAAUUGAUCAAUCCAUUUUCAGAAUGGGAGGGAUCUUCACACCGUAAAGUACUUGAUAAAAACGAUCCAGAAUAUGCAAGGCCUGUCGCUGGAACUAUGACUGACAUACGAGGAAAGCAAGCCGGAAAGAUGGUUUCUCGGGAAGUUCAAGAACUUUUGCAUGUUAUAGAAAGGAUUGGAACAGUGCAAGAGAAUGGAAGUGUUGUUGUCUUGUUUGGGAAUCUCUUUGAGGUGUACAAUAAGAUUUCAAACAAACUGGUGGGAAUGCUUAUGAGAGCUCGAAAACAAAAACUGGUUCACUUUGAAGGUGAAAUGCUGUGGCAAAGACGUGAUGAUCAUGUACCAAUUACGUUGUUAGUGACAGCGGAGGAAGCACGGAAAUGA